UCACUGUAUGGUGGCCCGAUAUACGAGCAAAAUGGUAAAAUGCCAAAAUCCACAUUUUAACAUUGGAAGGGAAAACCGGAAAACGGAAAAUAUCGGAAGUUUUGUCUUUUUGGAUUUUCACUUUUUGACUGAAGUUCUUACGAGUGCCUGAAUAGUUUGGUUUUUUCACUGAUAGUGAAUUUUAGAGGAUCAUAGCUCUUUUUAAAUCCGAAGGGCUAUACAAUUUCACAGGCUGACAGACUGUUACAGAAUGGCGAAGACCCCAUCGGCACCCAAAAAAAAAGCGGGCUCAACUCAUGAGAGGAGCAAUAGGUUCAGCAAGAGGAAGAAAAUCCAGGCGAAAGAGCAUCAAGCGGUAAGUGAUCAGGAUCAUAUUCUGAAGGAUGAACGAUUUUCAAGAAUUGCCACGGACCCUCGAUUUCGAGGAAUUCCAAAAGAAGAGAAGAAAGUGCGGAUUGAUCCCCGAUUCCAGACUAUGUUUACGGAUACACGAUUUAAUCAGAAACAUACGGUGGAUAGGCGGGGUCGACCUGUCAAUUUUGCAUCGUCGGAUAAUCUGGAAAAGUUUUACCAGUUAAAUGAUAAACGGAAAAAUGAAGAAAAAAGUAGUAAUGUUAGAACGAAAACGGAUAACUCGAAGAAAGCUGGUGUGGUCCGCGAUGAACGGUUUCAUUUGCCUGGAUCUCAGUUUCCCCAAGAUGCCGGCGCACCUGAAUCUGGAUCAUCGGACUCUGAGGAAGACGAUCUACAGCGCGAUUUUUCUCGUGGUAUCGGUAACCUUUCCAGCAGUUCGGACGAAUCGGACGAUGAAUCUGAAUCCGAGGUUGCGGAGACAGGGGAAAUUGAACAUCCAUGGGCCGAAAUGAGCGCCGACGCCCCAGAUACCAGUGAAAUUACAAGGCGACUGGGCCUCGUUAACAUUGACUGGGACAGUAUCCGCGCUGAAGAUAUUUUUAUGGUUUUGAACUCCUUCAAACCGAUUCAAGGAGUAAUUAAAUCGGUUGCCAUUUAUCCUUCGGAGUUUGGACUGCAGCGCAUGAAAGCGGAAGAACACAGUGGCCCAAUGGAAUUGAAAGAUUCUGCUAGAAGCCAGGAUGAUGAAGAAGAGGAUGCUGUGGAGGAAGACACUGAAGAUACAGCUGUUGCGAAUGAAAAAUUACGGAAGUAUCAGCUAAACCGUCUGAAGUAUUAUUAUGCAGUUGUUGAGUGUGAUUCAUCGGAAACGGCUAAUAAAAUUUACGAAGAAUGUGAUGGGUUGGAGUAUGAGAAUUCAUCGGCCGCGCUCGAUCUGCGCUUUAUUCCUGAUGAAAUGGAGUUUGAUCAUGAACCGAAGAGUAAAGUUACCAGCUUGCCCGCUAAUUAUAAACCCAGUGAAUUCGUAAUUUCCGCGUUGCAACAGUCCCGUGUAAGAUGUUCGUGGGACGAAACUUCUAGAGACAGAAAACCUUUGACAGCUAAUGAGUGGGAAAAAGUGGAUGACUUGCAGGCGUAUCUGGCGUCCUCUUCAUCUGAAGAAGAGGAUGAAGCAGAGGAUGAAGCGACCGAACUGGCUGACACACGUUCCGUAGUGUCUAAUAAAGACCCGGCAUCUAUAGCCAAAUACCGCUCGUUACUGAACCAAAUAGACAACAAAAACACCGGUUUGGCGGUUAGCGACGAAGAGGAUAUCGACAUGGAAGCCCAUUGGGAACCUGACGUCGAGACAACUGCUAAGGAACAACUGAAGAUUAAGCAAAAACAGGAUUCAGUAGCGAAGAUGACACCUUUUGAGAAGAUGCUAGAGAAACAGAAAGAAAAGAGAAAAGCCAAGAAGCGAAGUCGCAAGCAGAGUGAAUCACCGGAUUUAGAAACUGCGUGGAACGACGAGGGCAGCGACGAUUUAGAAGGAUCAUCUGAAGAGGAUUCUGAACAGAGUUCGCAAGAUGAAGCAACAAAGCAAGAUCUGAAAGGGGCCAAACGAGCAGUGGACUCCGAAGAUGGUUCUGACGUUUCGAUAGAGAAGUCUUUACCUGCCGCGAGUUUGGAGCUCCUUAUGGGAGAGAAGGAUAGUAGUCGGCACUUUAAUUUAAAGAAGCUUCUGGUGGAUGCUAAGGAUACGAAAGCACAAAAGAGAAAGCGAAGAAAAUUGUUAAAAAAGUCGAAGACCGUUCUUACGGAAGGACCAUCUGAUGACUUUAUCAUGGACCUCCAAGAUCCUCGAUUCAAAGCGUUGUUUAACUCGAAAGAUUUUAAUAUUGACAUUUCUGAUCCAUCUUUCAAGAAAACCAAGGCGAUGGAAACUGUUAUCCAAGAGAAACUGAAGAGAAAAGAGACUGCAAAGGAGCGGGGUGUUAUGGCUUCGGCGAAAAGUGAUCAGCCGAAGCUUCGACCGGAUCUGUCAUCUCUUGCGAAAAGCGUUAAAGCUAAAUUUAAUGGUGGGAAGAAAAAAUAGUUGCUUUCGAAAAUGCAAGUUCGUCAGAAUAUCUUUUGAGUCUAACGGUCUCUGUGAUGUUGCUCGUUGCCGCUCUCGGUUGGAACUUGCUAAUACUAGUAAUUAUUAAUUUUGGUUCCAAGUUCUAACUGCUAAACCAGCUGAAUCACAUAAAUAAAAUUGA